UUUGCUGAACAGUGAUAGGAAGAGGCGCUGUUUAUAAGACCGGCACAUCCGAGAUAAUUGAGCAGACUUCCCAUCCGCUGUGACGUUCGCGAACAACCGGUUUGUUUGUGUCUCUCAGUCCAGUCGCUUUCAGCCAGUGCAGCAGACAUGAAGGCCUUCGUGGUAGUAGUGUUGCUGUUGCUACAACAAGUCAUGGGAGACACUCAACUAGUCACUCAGGCGUCCAACCAGUUUGCCAAUGACCUGUACCAGAAACUGGCAGAGACGCCAGACAAUGUGUUAGUGUGCCCCAUCAGUCUGCACGUUGCGUUGACACUUCUCCUCCAAGGUGCAGGUGGCACCACUGCUACCGAGUUGGCAACAGUGCUCAAGCUGGGAGCUGCUUCAAAUGCUGACGUCAAGGAGGGAUACAAAGCCAUUCUUACAGGAAUACAGGAUGAUGUACUGAAAAUAGCCAACAAGUUGUAUCCUGCAGCUGGCUAUCAGCUGAGCCCAGAUUAUCUCAGCGUAGCUCGGGAAUAUUUCCUCUCCGAUGUUCAAGGCCUCAAUUAUAGCAAUCCAAGCUUGGCUGCCAGUACAAUUAAUGAUUUUGUUGCCGAAAAGACCAACAACAAGAUCCGUGACCUCAUUUCAGCAGACACCAUAACUGACCUUACUAGACUUAUAAUUGUGAACGCGGUUCACUUCCAAGCCACCUGGAAAAGCACUUUUACUACGGCAUAUGAAGACUACUUUAAGGUGACACCUGAUAAGAGAGUAAAAACCAAACUGAUGACUCAAACUGGUUACUUUGGUUACAAAGAAGAUCCUGCUCUUGACGCCAAAGUUCUAAAGAUGGAUUAUGAUAAGGAAGGGUACAGCAUGGUAUUCAUCCUGCCGAACAAGGAGGAUGGACUCCAAGCGAUGGAGGCAAAACUGGCGGAGACAAGCCUAGAGAGCAUACUGAAGGACCUAAGGGAUACAAGGGUGGAAGUGACGAUUCCCAAGUUUAAAGUAGAACAGACUCUUAAGCUCAAGGACAUCUUACAAAAGAUGGGUCUGAAAGAUGUUUUCUCCAGCAAAGCAAAUCUGCACGGUGUGGCCAAUGGAGAUAAUUUGUAUGUCAGCGAUGUUAUCCAGAAAACCUUCAUCAACGUUCACGAGAACGGGACGGAGGCUGCUGCUGCCACAGGCAUCAUUGCGGUUUCCUACUCUUUGGAGGUCUCCCCUUAUACCCUUUUCCGAGCUGAUCGUCCGUUCACUUUUUACCUCAUUGGAGGAGGUGGAGCCGUGUUGUUCAAUGGCCGAUUUCAACAACCAAAUGGACAGGAGUAACUUUAUGUGUAAUCCGAAUUGUGUAGAGUCUCUUAUCAUUAGAAACUUCUCUAAGUAAACCGUCUUCAAAAUGA